GUGACAAGUGUGCGGAUGGAGCAGUUCCGCAGGUCGCGACUACAUGAAAGCAGCGUGCUGACAUCACAGACGUCAUCUCCAGGGCAGCGGAAAAUGGCGGAGGCUCUACCGGAGGCCGGGAGGUACUUCUGUCACAGCUGUACGGCCGAGAUCAUCCCGCGGUUACCGGAAUAUACCUGCCCUAGGUGUGAUUCAGGAUUCAUAGAGGAGCUCCCUGAAACAAGAAAUUCAGAAAACAAUAGCAGCAACAAUUCUGGAACAGAUCAAAACAGACCUUCGUUUGAGAACCUAGAGUCUGCUCAGUUCACGCUUCCUUCUGGGUAUGGCCAGGUCACAUUUGGAAUCUUUAAUGAGGGCCUGGACUUUCCCAUCUUUGGCACUAGUGGUCCAGUUGAAGAGCCACGUGAUGGAGAGAGCAGGAGGGAGCAUCAGUCACGGCAGAGAUAUGGUGCUAGACAGCCCCGUGCUAGGUUAAGCACAAGACGAGCUGCAGGAAGGAACGAGGGAGUACCUACACUAGAGGGGAUCAUUCAGCAGUUGGUGAAUGGGAUUAUCGCACCUACAGCAAUGUCAAACCUAGGGGUGGGACCAUGGGGUGUCCUGCAUUCCAACCCCAUGGAUUAUGCAUGGGGUGCAAAUGGCCUAGAUACAAUAAUCACACAAUUACUUAAUCAGUUUGAAAACACAGGCCCUCCCCCUGCGGACACUGAAAAAAUACAAGCCCUUCCUACCAUCCAGAUAACAGAAGAGCAUGUGGGUUCUGGUCUGGAGUGUCCCGUGUGUAAAGAGGAUUAUACUGUUGGUGAAAGUGUGCGGCAACUUCCUUGCAAUCAUUUAUUUCACAAUGACUGCAUCAUCCCUUGGUUAGAACAGCAUGACACAUGUCCUGUUUGCCGAAAAAGUCUUAGUGGCCAGAACACAGCAACGAAUCCCCCUGGACUGACAGAAAUGACUUUCUCCUCAUCUUCAACCUCUUCUUCCUCCUCCACCUCCCCUACUGAUGAAAAUAAUGCUGCCAACAAUUCCUGAGCCCCGGUGCGGAACUAAUGGAUCAUCUGCAUACUGCUCCCUUAUUAUGUGGCCCUCUCCUGUACUGUUCUCCCACCUUUACAGCAGAUAGAAGCUUUACAUUCGGGGCCUCACUCCAGGAUGCUUAAUUGGACCUAGGGGAUGAGUCUCCUCCUGCUGGUGGGAGGCAGAUGGAAACUAAACAUUAUUUUUUUUUAUCCCCUCUAGGCUUUGCAAACAAUAUAGGUGGAAAGAGACCGAAUAGGUGCGAGCUGAGCCUUUUUUUUUUCUUUUUGAAAGGGGGAGGGUAUUUCCCCACUUUUAAAAAACAAAACAAAAAAAGCAGAAAACAGUUUAUGUGAGGUGACUCAUUUAUUAUUUUUAUUUUUUUUUUAAUGUUUUGACAUUUUUAAUCUUUAAAUUAAAAGUUUAUGGUUGAGUCUGCUCCUGGAGUGAGCAGCUACUGCACAAUACAAGUUCACGGAGCCAUUUUUAUUGCUUUACAAGGGAGGGUGAUGUGCAGGACAUCCAACCUGCUCUGGCUGUCACACAAGCUGCGAGUUGUAGUUCAGCAACAAGUGAAUGACGAGAAUGUAUGACCUUGAUGUAGUAUGUCCCUGUGCAAUUUAUAUUGCCCUGAUAUUCGAUAAAUGAAGAAAGAAGAUUGGGCAUCAACAGUUGAGGAUUCAUCCCAGCACUACAGUUUCUCUUUUAAGAAAAAUAUUGCCAAAACCACUGGUUUUAAUUUCUUUGGAUAACAUUUUAGUUUAUUUAGUCUGAUUUGUAUUGAGCCCAGAAUUAUUUUUGGUUGGUGGCAGCAGAGUUCACAUGUAAGGAUACAUAAGUCUGGAUAUUUGUACCUGCAGCUGACGUGUCACAAAUUUAAUUGCAAACCACCAGAUUUCUAUACACGUCAACAGAAGCGGUACAUUAGGAACAUGUCACAGUCCAGCUGUAGGUACAAUACUAUGUUUAUACAUAACUUUAAAUGAGUAAGCUACCAUAGACAAUUUCAAAUCAGAAUUAUUUAUUUUGCAGUGUGAAUCUUUUGUAUAGAAAGUUAACAGUAAAAAAAAAAAAAAUAAUAAUAAAAAGGAGGGGCCUAGGCCCUUGGAUA